UCAUUAAUGGGAAAUACAACAUACAUAACAUUCAUUCACACUCACACCAUUGGCUACAAUCUUAGAAAAAAAAAAACUCCAUCGUUCGGCUUCGCACUCGACCUACCUUCGAUCUCUCAGAACACUCACACCAUUGGCUUCCGAUACAAACCCUCCCGACAGAUCGAACUCGGCCCGAGAAGGGUAAAUUGAUCAGAAAACAGCCGGAAUCUGGCCGGAAGAUUCUGGUUUUGACUGUUGUUUCGGCGGUUUUCUGUCACAAACACGGAUUUCAGAUUUGGAUUGUCUGGGUUGUUAUUGUUGGUAUCUCGCCGAGUAGAUUCAGGGACUGAUUGAAGAUCUGGACUUUAAUUUCAUUUUGAUUUUAGUUAUCCAUGUCGGCUCCCGGGGGUUAUAGACCGGGCAAUGCCCCACCUAAUUACAACCCUAGUUCUCUUGCUGAUGGGUUUCAAAACCUCCAAAUAAAUCGACCUGUUGGGCCACCGACAUCAAUGCCCAAUUCUGCUGGCCCUAGGCCUCCUCCCCCUUUUGGACAGCAACCCCCGCCUUUCUAUUCAGCUCCGCCUUCAGCCUCAUUUCCGGGGGCAUCUCCAAUGACCCGUCCUGGUCCCCCGCCCGGUGUCCUUUCAAGGCCUUCAGUCCCUCCUGGUGGUCCACCACAAGCCACAUUGCCCUCAAAUUUAGCUUCUAAUAGACCCUCUGUUCCUCCUCCUGGUACUCAGCCUUCUAUGCCUUUUGGGUCAAGGCCUCCACCUCCUGGAUCUUUGCCUUCUGCCAUGAGCAGUUCUGGUGCGCCUCCUGGCGCUUUCCCAUCUUUGGGGCAAGUGGCACCACCUCCAGGUUCGCGUCCUUUUGGAUCUUCCCCUUUGACAACAGAACCAGUUUUACCACCAUCAAGCUAUUCCGGCUCUAUUAGUAAUGGACCUCCGGCGUUUGGAUCAGCUGCAUUGCAAGGUGUUCCCCGCUUUCCUUCAGGUGGAAGCCCACCACCACCACAGGUUGGACCUGCAGCAUCUACAACUUUUUUAGGUAGGGGACCUCCCCCUGCUCCAAGCAUGCGUUCUAUCCUUGGAAGUCCACCUACCAGUGCAAUGCCAGGUCAUAUGCAACCACCUGCACCAUUUUCAGCAACACCACAAGGUAUGCCACCCCCCUCAGGCCCCUCACCAUUUGCAGCACCAUCUCAAGGUGUAUCUCCACAUUCAGGUUCUCCAUAUGGUCCACCAGCAUGGUCAAUGCAAGCCCGACAGAUGGCUCCACCUCCAUCUGUUCCUGGUUCUGCACAACCACCCAGAAUGUUCGGGAUGCCACCACAACCUCCAAAUCAAUCUAUGGCUACUAUAUCGCCUGCUAUGGGUCAUAUGGGAGCAUCUAUGGCAGGCCCAUCGAAGAUCGAUCCCAACCAAAUCCCCCGCCCCAUACCAAGUUCCUCAGUGAUUCUGCACGACACUCGUCAGGGCAAUCAGGCCAACCUCCCUCCGCCUGCCACAAGUGAUUAUAUUGUCAAGGACACUGGCAAUUGCAGUCCACGGUACUUGAGGUGUACUAUCAAUCAGAUCCCAUGCACUGUUGAUCUUUUGACAACGUCUGGAAUGCAGUUGGCUUUGAUGGUCCAACCCCUGGCCCUUCCUCAUCCAUCUGAGGAGGCCAUUCAAAUUGUGGACUUUGGAGAAAGCGGCCCUGUUCGAUGUUCUCGUUGCAAAGGAUACAUUAAUCCAUUCAUGAAGUUUAUUGAUCAGGGAAGACGUUUUAUCUGUAACCUGUGUGGCUUUACGGAUGAAACUCCUCGCGAUUACCACUGCAAUUUAGGUCCAGAUGGCAGGCGUAGAGAUGCUGAUGAAAGGCCUGAACUAUGUAGAGGAACAGUUGAAUUUGUUGCUACAAAGGAGUACAUGGUGCGUGACCCGAUGCCUGCUGUGUUCUUCUUCCUUAUUGAUGUAUCCAUGAAUGCUAUACAGACUGGUGCAACCGCAGCAGCUUGCAGUGCAAUCAACCAAGUUAUUGCAGAUCUUCCUGAGGGUCCUCGGACAAUGGUGGGUGUUGCAACAUUUGACUCGACAAUUCAUUUCUACAAUAUGAAACGCGCACUACAGCAGCCACUGAUGCUCAUAGUUCCUGAUGUACAAGACGUUUACACUCCUCUCCAAACCGAUGUCAUUGUUCCCCUUUCUGAGGGCCGUCAACAUUUGGAGCUGUUGCUAGAAAAUAUCCCAACCAUGUUCCAGAAUAACAGAACUGCUGAUUCAGCCUUUGGUGCAGCAGUCAAGGCUGCUUUCUUAGCAAUGAAGAGUACUGGAGGAAAACUUCUAGUAUUUCAGUCUGUGUUGCCAUCACUUGGGAUUGGAUCCCUUUCUGCAAGAGAGGCUGAAGGAAGGACGAAUAUCUCUUCUGCAGAUAAAGAGGCCCAUAAAUUACUCCAGCCAGCAGACAAAACUUUAAAGACAAUGGCUGUUGAACUUGCAGAGUAUCAGGUGUGUGUUGAUGUGUUUAUUACCACCCAAACUUACGUGGACAUUGCUUCAAUCUCUGUCAUCCCAAAAACUACUGGAGGGCAGGUGUACUAUUAUUACCCUUUCUCUGCUCUUUCUGAUCCUGCAAAGCUCUACAAUGAUCUUCGAUGGAACAUCACAAGGCCCCAAGGUUUUGAGGCAGUCAUGCGUGUAAGAUGUAGCCAGGGUAUUCAAGUUCAAGAAUACUCAGGAAACUUCUGUAAGCGCAUUCCGACUGAUGUUGACCUCCCUGCGAUUGACUGUGACAAAACUAUAAUGGUUACUUUGAAACACGAUGACAAGCUGCAGGAUGGUUCAGAAUGUGCUUUUCAGUGUGCUCUUCUUUACACUACUGUGUAUGGCCAAAGAAGAAUAAGAGUUUCUACCUUAUCUUUGUCAUGCACAAGUCUGCUAAGUAAUUUGUUCCGCUCAGCUGACUUAGACACCCAAUUCGCUUGUUUCUUGAAGCAAGCCGCAAACGAAAUUCCUUCCAGUCCACUCUCACAAGUCAAGGAGCAAGUGACAACCCUUUGCAUCAACAUCCUGCACUCAUAUCGCAAAUUUUGUGCUACAGUAUCAUCAUCUGGUCAACUUAUCCUUCCAGAGGCACUUAAACUUCUGCCUCUAUACACACUCGCUUUGGUUAAAAGUACAGGGUUACGAACUGAUGGGCGAAUAGAUGAUAGAUCCUUUUGGAUCAAUUAUGUUUCUUCUCUUUCUAAUGCUUUGGCAAUCCCACUGGUGUACCCCAGGAUGAUGGCCAUUCAUGACCCUAACUCGAAGGAGAUAGAUGCUGCUCUUAUGCCUCCUGUUAUCCCGCUUUCCAGUGAACAUAUGAGUGAGGAUGGAAUCUAUCUUCUGGAGAAUGGGGAGGAUUGUUUAAUUUAUAUUGGGAGUUCUGUGGAUCCUGAUAUCAUGCGACAACUGUUUGGCAUUUCCUCGCUUGAUGAAAUUCCAGCUCAGUUUGUACUGCAGCAAUAUGACAACCCACAGUCCAAGAAGCUAAAUGAUAUUGUGAAUGAGAUAAGGCGCCAAAGAUGUUCCUACCUCCGCUUAAAAUUGUGCAAAAAAGGAGAUUCAUCAGGAUUGUUAUUCUUCUCUUACAUGGUAGAAGACAAGAGUGCCAACGGUCUCUCUUAUGUCGAGUUUUUGGUACAUAUCCACCGUCAGAUUCAAAAUAAAAUGACUUGAUAGUUUGCACCUCAAGUUUAAUCUACAUUUUUGGAUAGCGGUUUUGUGGAGGCACCCUCAGAAAUCAAGGCAAAAGGAAGCAAAAUUUGAUGCGGGCAGUCGCUGGAUCGGCUGUAUGGAAUUAAUUGUUUUAUUGGUGACAAAGAAAGCUGAGCACAAUUUUGCAAUAAGAGGUUUGUUAAUUUUAGUGUAGUGAUAAGAUUUGAGAAAGUUCAGGGUUGGUAUAACAUGGCAUACAU